AUGGAUUUAGAAAACGAGAGAGAAACAUUUUGGAAGUAUUCUUUAGAUACUUUGAAAUAUUACUACAACUUUUUCCUGAUGACCACAAAAGGUAGAGUUGUCGCUGGUGCGGUAUUUGUGGCUAUCGGUUGUUAUAAAUUUUCUCAAUGGAAACAUCGUGAGAAUCAUCGUGAUAUUUCUGCAAUCAGAAAAACACCCUUAGAAAAUAACCUCAAUCAUGAAAAUGAUAAUUUUCAAAGGCUUCUUGAAAAUCAGAAGAAAGAAAUGGAGAAGGAAGAACAAGAAGAAAAUGAAAGGAGAAGAAUAGCGUUGGAUCAAAGGAUGGCUGAGAGACGGCAGAAUCUUCAGAAAGCGAUACUGGAAAUGGCUGCGAAUGAUGAAGAAAAUCAUAGAAAGUUUAUGAAAUUGAAGGAGGAAAAUGAGGAAAGAUUAAGCAAAAUUAUGCAGCAGAAUAAGAGAGAUCAGGCUGUCAAGAAUGCAAUUGCGAACCUUGAGAUUGAUCAACUUAGAAGUCAAGGAAAACGGGAAGUGGAAGCAAUUCAAACGGAGAGAUUGAGGGCACGAGAAAUUCAUCAACGGAAUUCGGAAAGGUUGGAUGAGGAAUUUGAAGCUGACAGGAGAAAUUUCGAAUUGAAAGAACAACAACGAAAAGAAGAACUUCAACGAGAAAAAGAAAGGGCUGAGCAACGAAAACGUGAAAUCGAGGAUCAACUGGAGAAAGACCUGGAAGAAUUGAGGAGAAGAGGACAACAGAGAAGAGCAGAAAUGGAGGAAUAUCUCUAUCAAAUUCAAAGGGCUCUCCAAAUGAAAGUUUGGAAUCAAAUCAUUGAAUCAAAUUGGGCAAACCGAUUGAAUGCUUUGAGGUCGUCAUUUCAAGACAUUCAAAAGUCAUACAAUCAAAUGAAACGUGUUAGGGAUGAGUCAAAUUUGGAUACUAGCAAAUUGUUGUCAGCAAUUUCUCAGCAGAAGGAGUUGAUGGAAAACGAGGCAAUCGAGAUGGAUAAAUUGUACAAUGAGCAUGGAAAAACAUUUUUAUUGGACAUCAAGGAUUCCGUAAUCGACGUUAAAGAAGAGUGUAACAGACUUAUUUACGUUUUGAAGAAUGAGCCUUCUAACACUUCUCGGAUUGAAGAAUGCUUCUCCGUGCUAUCAGCAGUCACGAAUUCAAUUCCAACGUUGGCUGAAUUGAAGUCUCGAAAUGAAGAAUCUAUGAAAUAA